AUGGCUGCGGAGCAUCCGCCAAAGCGCGUGAUCCUACGUCUGCGAUGCAACGAAUUCGACGACACGGUCGCGUCUUACAACGAAGCCACCUUUCCUUCCUGGGGCGACCGUUUAGCAAAACACGACCCUUGCGCCUCGUUCUACAUCAUCCUGGACAUGAACGCGGCCGCGAUCAAGGAGCCGGACUUGGAGAGGUUGCCGCACGAGAUGUAUCGCGUUCGACGCCAAAAGGACGAUGGCACACCGUAA